CCAGCUUUUUUUUUUUGCUUGUCACCUGCUGGAAGCCGUCACCGGAAGCGGAGGGGCGGGAGCCGCCCCGAGCGGAAAUGACGCAGUUCCUUCCGGGAGAACACGGAAAGGAUGGCGGAAUCUGGUCCUGGCGCCCGGCGUCCUCGUCGUUCCCGGGAUGACGGGGAGUCUGGGGCCGCGACUCCCAACCUGCCGAGGGAUAUGUCUAACAUGUCAUUCGAGGAGCUGUUGGAAUUACAGAGCCAAGUGGGGACCAAGGCAUACAAGCAGUUGGUUGCUACAGCUGGCACUAAGAAGCAGGACUCCAGACCACGUGUCCAAAAUGCGUGUGUUGCUGAUAAGCACAAACCCCUGGAAAUGUCGGCCAAGGUCCGGGUGCCGUUUCUACGUCAAGUUGUACCGGUCAGCAAAAAGGUUGCCCGGGAUCCUCGCUUUGAUGAUCUCUCAGGAGAAUAUAAUCCCGAGGUGUUUGACAAGACGUAUGAGUUCUUGAAUGACAUCCGAACUAAGGAGAAAGAGCUCGUGAGAAAGCAGUUGAAGAAGCACCGUUCUGGGGAGGAGCAUGAGAAGCUGCGGCAGCUGCUUCAGCGGAUGGAACAGCAGGAAAUGGCUCAGCAGGAGCGGAAGCGGCAACAGGAGCUGCGCCUGGCCCAGAAGCAGGAGCGGCGGGUGCAGGCCCAGCAGGGCCACCGGCCCUACUUCCUGAAGAGAUCUGAGCAGCGCCAGUUGGCCCUGGCUGAGAAAUUCCAGGAGCUGAAGCGCAGCAAGAAACUAGACAGCUUCUUGAGUCGCAAGCGGCGGCGGAACGCGGGCAAGGACAGGAGGCGUCUCCCUGUGAGCAAGGAGUAGCCCGGAGCUGUCCUACAGGCAUGGCCAAAGCUCCCAGCAAGGGCCAGUGCUGCCCUUGAAAGAACUACACAGAGAAGUCCUGAGGAUGCUCGGUCUGCCCCAGGGCUGCCCCCAGGACGUGGCACUACAGCUGUCCGCCAGCUUGGGUCCACUCCUUCAGCCUGGGCCCUGUCUUUGCCAAUGGUUCCAGUUCAGAAGAGAUGUAGUGGAGUCUGUUCAGGGCUCCCAGGACUGAGACUUCAUGUAGGAGCCACUUCAUUAAGUUUUGUGACCAUUUAUAUGUAUAUAUAUAUAUAUUUUCCCUAAUCACUGCGCUUUUUUUUUUUUUAUGAAACUUGGGGAUGUAUAUGGCUGGGAGAGGUAGGUACCUUUUGCCACAGGAUCCUCAGGGUCAACAAGUGCUGGCCAGAAGAAGCAGUUCCCAGCUAUUGCCCUCAGCGCCGCUGACAAGGCUGAGGAAGCGCUGAAGGAGUGGAGGGCAAAGCCCGAGCAGGGAGAAACAUCGCAGUGUGGACCCGGGAGGGGUCCUCCCUGCUUUGCCUUGGUCACUGCAAGGGUGUGCUGGGGGAGCAAGCACUUGUUCUGUGCAUUGUGGGAGGGGGACCAUUUCUUCCCUCCGAAUUUGUGGUGUGAAGUUUCCCAAGCAUGCAAAGGGGUUCCAAUGAUGGUGGCUACAAUAAAUCAUCAAUGUCCACCUUGAGAUGGCGCUGGCCAGGGCCAGUGUGUGGAGUCACUGGCAGCCUGUGUAAGUGCAGUUGAGAGACUUGGCUACUCCCUGCUAAUACACCCAGAAAAGCAGUGGAAGAUGGCACAAGUGUUUGGGUCCAUGCCACCAAUAGGGGAAACCUGGAUGCAGCCUGACUACCCUGGCUGUUUAUGCUCAUUUGGGAAAUAAACUGGUGGGUGAAA